GCCAGCAGUUGUGGCGCGCAGAUGGAACAGCUACUGCAGCACCUGGACCGCUUUUCCGAGGUCGUGGCGGCCUCCAGCACGACCCAUGUCCGCACCUGGGACGCCGCUACGGUUCGCCGGGCUUUACAGUGGGCUCGCUACCUUCGCCAUGUGUACGUACGCUUUAGUGGCCACGGUCGCAUCCGCACGGCUCUGGAUCAGCGCUUGCGGAGCCACUGGAGGCACCAUGGCGGCCUGGGGCAGGGGCGGGGCCCAGUCGCGGGGUUGCUGAGCUUCCAGGCGCUCGCGCAUGCAGACACCCUGCUGUCUCUCCUCCUGUUGCGGAACCGGAAUCUGGGGGAUGCUGUUUAUCACUACCUGCUACUGCGGCUCUUUCCCGGCCCGGGAGUCCAGGAUGCCGAGAAGGCCGCGUUCCAAGACGAACUUCUGGGUCUUGCCCGCCGCGGGUGUGCGGUCCACCUGCUGCGCGUCCUGGUCUCCCGAGAGAACCCCGAUAUCCAGGCGGACCCAGUGAUGCAAAUGCAGGCCGAACUGCUGCUGGAGCGCGUGCAGCAGGUGGGAGAGGCCGAGGGCCCCGGCGGGUUUCUCAGCAGCCUGUGGGAACGCUGGCCGCACAACCAUUUCCUGCAAGUGACGGCUGUGGCGCUGCUGUACCCACCAAAACGGGAAGAUCCCGGAACACUUACGGAGGGGAGUCAGGAACUAAUCCGUUGGCUCCUAGGCAAGCCCGAUGUCACGACUGCCUUUUGCCGCAACCUCCCAGCUGGGCUUUUGACUUCGGUGGCAAGUCGCCAUCCAGCGCUUUCCCGUGUCUAUUUGGGUCUGCUAAUUGACUGUGGGCGACGUCUGCACUACGACCUCCAGAAAGGCCUUUGGGUUGAAACUGAGGCCCAAGAUAUGCCCUGGGAGGAUCUGUUUGAUAGAUUUCAAAGCCUCUCUCAGGCCCCCCCACCUCUGAAGAACGAGGUUCUAACUUCUCUUGAGUCCUGUAAGGCCCAGGAUGGAGAUUUCCAAGUCUCAGGUCUUAGUAUCUGGACAGACCUGUUGUUAGCUCUGCGCCCUGAUGUGUGACACUCCCUGUGGGAAGAGAAAAAGGGGAGUUUGCAGCCCAAGCCUCGGGUCUCCCUGGGCCACAUUCAUUUAUCAAUUAGGUGAAUACGUGGUGUACAAAAUGCAAAAUGCCCGUGUUGGUCACUGAACAUAUGUCCACAACAUUAUUAAGUUAGGUGCCAGUUGUGAGUAAUUCAGUGUAGAUUGGGCUUGUAAUGCCAUGGAUUUUCUAGAUACAGAAGCAAGGUAUUGGAAAUGUUCCUAAAACUGUGGGAUUAGCACAAGUUUGAAUUUGGUAAGUCUCUAAGAAUGAUGCAAAUGUACAUUUUCAAAGAAAAAGCACCUGAAAAAGGGCAAACAAGGCUUCCUUUUGUCACUAUUAUUAACUUAAUUUACGCUAUCCCCCCUCAGAAUUGUUUUAUUUAAUCAACAUGUGGUAGUGUCAAAAAUGUUAGUUUGAAAAGCUGAUAGACCGGAGUUUAAGCCCUGAACGAUGAUCUUAUUAACCUAGUGUUCAAAACAAUUAAACAGCUUAAUAUAUUCAUUAAAAUGAUGUGACUCAGAAAGUUUUGUACUCAUUAAGAACUUAUUUUUGUAAGGAAGUAAAAGCUACAUCUCACUAUGA